AGAAAAAGAAAAAGAAGAAAGGCGAAGAGGGAGAGAUUCUUGGGCAACAAACCAUUGAUUUCUCAAUACAAUUCCACAUUUCCCCUCUUUUCACACCUCUUCUCACUUCUCACUCUCUUCACCAAAAAUGGGUCAAGGAACUCCCGGCGGACUCAACAGGCAGGGCGGUCUUCCCGGCGACCGAAAGCAAGAUGACCCCAACAAGAAGGACAAGAAAUUCGAGCCCGCCGCCCCUCCCUCGCGCGUCGGCCGCAAACAGCGCAAGCAGAAGGGUCCCGAUGCCGCCGCCCGUCUCCCGACGGUCACCCCCCACACCAAGUGCAAGCUUCGUCUUCUGAAGCUUGAGCGAGUCAAGGACUAUUUGCUCAUGGAGGAGGAGUUUGUUACCAAUCAGGAGCGGUUGAAGCCUCAGGAGGAGAAGAAUGAAGAAGAUAGAUCUAAGGUCGACGACCUUCGUGGCUCGCCGAUGAGUGUUGGGAAUUUGGAGGAGCUGAUUGAUGAGAAUCAUGCCAUUGUGUCUUCGUCUGUCGGUCCGGAGUACUAUGUUGGGAUCUUGUCGUUUGUCGAUAAAGACCAGCUCGAGCCUGGAUGUGCCAUUCUUAUGCACAACAAGGUCCUUUCCGUUGUUGGGCUUCUUCAAGAUGAGGUCGACCCUAUGGUAUCUGUUAUGAAGGUUGAGAAGGCUCCAUUGGAAUCCUAUGCCGAUAUUGGUGGUUUAGAUGCUCAGAUCCAGGAGAUUAAAGAAGCUGUAGAACUUCCACUUACUCAUCCUGAAUUAUAUGAAGACAUUGGAAUUAAACCCCCCAAAGGAGUUAUACUAUAUGGGGAGCCAGGAACAGGGAAAACAUUGCUCGCAAAGGCCGUGGCAAACUCCACUUCAGCCACUUUCUUGCGUGUAGUUGGAAGUGAAUUGAUCCAGAAAUACUUGGGAGAUGGACCUAAAUUGGUUAGGGAGCUCUUUAGAGUUGCAGAUGAUCUUUCCCCAUCCAUUGUAUUCAUUGAUGAAAUUGACGCAGUUGGUACAAAGAGGUAUGAUGCUCAUUCUGGUGGUGAACGUGAGAUUCAAAGAACCAUGCUUGAAUUACUGAACCAAUUGGAUGGGUUUGACUCAAGAGGAGAUGUUAAAGUAAUUCUUGCUACGAAUAGAAUUGAAAGCCUUGAUCCUGCCCUUUUACGACCUGGAAGAAUCGAUAGAAAAAUUGAAUUUCCCCUUCCAGAUAUAAAAACAAGACGCCGCAUUUUUCAGAUUCAUACAUCAAGAAUGACGCUAGCUGACGAUGUGAACUUGGAAGAGUUUGUAAUGACCAAAGAUGAAUUUUCUGGGGCUGAUAUCAAAGCAAUUUGCACAGAAGCUGGCUUGCUUGCUCUAAGAGAACGUAGAAUGAAGGUGACUCAUGCAGACUUUAAGAAAGCAAAGGAGAAGGUUAUGUUCAAAAAGAAAGAGGGUGUUCCAGAGGGACUUUACAUGUAGUGGAGUCUGGGACACAUUAUGCAAAAAAUGUACACAUCUCUGUUUCAUGGUCUUGUUUCAUUCUUCAUUUUUCCCCAAUUUAAUGUCGAACACUAGCAAUUUAGCACCCAAUUACCUGGUUGAGACAUUCCUUUUAGAUUUAACGCUUUAUACACGACAUUCCGUUCUAGACGAAUCAGGUGUAACUUCCUUUUUAUUAAAAGAAUGGGCCCUUUGAAUUUA